GUCACGUGACCACCGAGCAGCAUUGGGAACCUCGGCCAGAACAGAGGGCACCACAUCACACCAUGCCACAGCUGCUCACCGCCGUGUUCCUCCUAUUGGCAUGCAUCCCAGCCGCCCGGUCCGGGGUGACCACCGUGUCUGAGCUCAGCGCCCUGGAGGGCCGCUCCAUUGCCGCCCCCUGCCACUACGACCCCGCCCUGGCCGCCCACGUCAAGUACUGGUGCUGGGGCAUCUUCAAGGACACGUGCACCACGGUGGCCCGCACGGACACGGCCCCCUCGGACCCCAGAGUGAGCAUCGUGGACGACCCCGCCCAGCAGGUGUUCACGGUGACCAUGGCGGACCUGACAGAGGACCAGGCCGGGUGGUACCACUGCGGUGCCGAGGAGGGGGGGAUAUGGAGCAAGGACCCCUCGGCCGCCGUCUACCUCAGCGUGGUUCACGGCAUGUCUGUGGUGAACAACCGGCUGGAUGGAGAGGAGGGGGGAAGCGUUGCGGUGGACUGUCUCUACAGUAAGAGAUACAGAGACAUAAAGAAGAGCUGGUGUCGCAGUGGGGACCCAGGCUCCUGUCAGUUCACGGGGGCCGAAGGCAUCUUCGACAGCCCCUCGGUUACCAUCGUUGACGACCGGGUCGGGGCCUUCACCGUCAACCUCAGCAAACUGCGGAUGGCGGACGCCGGCUGGUACUGGUGUGGCGUCGGAACGCAGAAGACCGCCGUCCAGGUCCUGGUCACGCCUCGCCCUUCAACUACAGCAGUUCCGGUGACCUCGACCCCGGCUGGGGCUCGUUCCCCGGAGCACAUCUCCUUGGAGUCCCAGCUGGCUCACAGGCAUGUCUUGGGGGCAGUAGUGGUGUUUGCGUCCUUCACGCUCAUCGUUGGCAUGGUCUUAUUGGCCAGAAAGAUCUGGCAACGGCACAAGAGAGAGCAACGACGGAGACAGGGCGAGGAGCUGAAAGCAAGACUCAGUUUGUGUCAUGAGGACAUAGAUGAAGCUUCUAUAAUCUUCCUCAACAGGGAUUCACAGAAGAUGGAUAUCUUCGGUGCAGAAUAAUAAAAUAAGAGGCCUUUAUUUUUCAUAAUUUUCAAGUAAUAAUUUUUUUUGCAGAAUCUAUUUAACAGAGGCUAUUAUUGUGUAAUGUUUAUUUGUGUUAAUUUCCUUGUUACCAAUGUAAUUUUUUGCUUUCAUUAAAAACAUAUAAGUAAUUUAAAGUGGCCACUAGGUGGAGACCAACACUUUUUGUUGACGGCUACUAGUCUGAUGUCUACUAUUGUAGACUGCAGUGGGCACACUGCCGCUUCUGAUCCUGGUGUGUUCGUGCAUGUGUGUGCGUUUGUACGCCAAUGUUGUGUACAAGUUUAAGUGUGCAAACGUACCCACUACCCAAGUGUGGUAGCCUACACCACACGAAACAAGCUUUGUUUUUAAUCUCACAAUUCAGCCCACAUGUGCAGUGUUGCAUCGCAUUAAAGCAGAUUGAUAAAGUUCAUAGGCCUAUUUCUAUGCAGGUCGCCAACUGCAGGCAAAUUAAUUAAAAGGAGAAAAUGAGUAGAAGUGAGAUACAGACGUUCUCGAGUCACUUAAUCUCCAGACGGAAGCCGUGGAGGAUAAACCGUUGUGUCGGAGGCUCUGCGCUGCUUGAAUUCGAUUGCAAUUACACAUUUUGAUUACAUUUUGUCCGUGCUGCAGCUACUUUUUUUUGGGUAAUAAUAGAGCCUACAUUAAUCAUUUUGGAUGAGGGGAUAGUCA